AUGCUGCAUUCAGACAAGGACUUGAGGGAUGUGUUUUCGCUUUCUUGCCAAGUCUGUUUGCCACCAGGCCUUGCCAGGGAGGCCACUUCUUUCAUUGGUGGCUUGGAGUACCAGUGCACUUUGGCAAACUUCGUGGCCAAAGACGACCUGCUCUUGCUUCACAAGGUUCCCCUGUCCUCUGAGAGUUCCGACUCUACGUCGUCGGAGCGCGACUCCAGAAGCCACUCACCGUGCUCAGGCGAUGGCAAGAAGCAUGCUGCAGGUGCCGGAGGCAAGGCUGGCAAGGCUGUGGAGAAGUCGCCAAAGUCGAUGGAUGUUGACUUUGAAGCCAAGGAGGACAGUCCAAGGCGUGAGGCAGACUCCCCAGUUGCGGAAAGUCUGCAUUCCAUAACGCUGGUCGAAGCACCCUCGAGGGGGGUCAAGUGCCCGAUCUGCAAUGCUUGGGUGAAGCUACGCGCCAACCUGGCCCGCCACCAAAGAGAAAGUGCACGUUGCCGCAAAUACCAGGGACUUCCCGUGGAGCAAUGCGUGUGCCGAUGCGGAAAGUCCUUCCCGGGGGAGUGGUCGUUGGAACAGCAUUUGCAGAGUGGAGCAUGCACAGCUGAUGGUGCGGGUGGUGCACAUGCCGAAGCUUCGUGGCCUCACAUGUCCAAGUCGCAUCGGCGAGAAAGCUUCAAAGAGUCAGUGGCAGCGGCCCGGUCCAGGUCUCCUUUGCUGCGCAGACGCCGCGGCUCCUCAGUGGCUGCAAGUUCAGCCGCGGCUUCAGUUUCCGGAGAUCGCCCAGACCCAGCACAGCCGUUGAACCCAGUGAGCGCCGCAAGCGGUCCGGCAGGUCGGUUGAUGACAUGUACAUUCAACAACUGCAAGGACAUGCUUCUUCUCCAGAGCUUCGCUUCCCUGACAGCGGAGGAGACGAAGCAGCAGCUGUUGACAGGUUGCUUUUCACAGGGAGAUGCUCAUGCCUUUUACAACCAGAUAGCUGCUGUCAGCCACACAGUUCAUGAGAAACGCUGGAACACGAUAGCCACUGCUAUUGAACUUGCUGCCGAUCUCGAAGUGGCGCUGCGUGCAGGGUGGGAUUUGGAUGAUUUCAUGAGAGGAAGAAAACCACCCAGCAGCAGGCAGGAGGACACAAGUCCUGCUGUUGCUUUCGGGGUGAACUUGCAACAGGUUGAUGAGGCUAUUCAUUCAGACUUCUUUUGGGCCUCGAUCAAAGUAUUUCUGGAAGUGGCACGGGUGCAGCGCCAAGCAGUUCGGUUUGUGACUUCAUGUCCCUGUCAUUAUGGACUUUCACGAACGGGCGUGGAUCAAGCCGUGUUGGACAAGUGGGAUUCGUGUCCUAUGCGGGGUCGUAGAUGCCCCGAAAUUUGCGGCGGAGAUUUUUUUGCGAUGAUGCAGGAGACGAUGCAAGCUGGGAGUGUUUCUUUGGAGAUGCAGCUUCCGCGAAGCUUGUCUCAGGAAGAGAAGCUGAAACUGCUGCGUGACUUUGAGCUCUCGAGGCAGAUGCUCCUGACGACAUACGUUGUGAAAUUGUCUUUCUGGAGCCAGGCACCUUUUGCAGUCGUCGGGAUUGCGCAUCACGACCCUGCAAUCAGGAUGAAGUCCUGUGUGACCUGUUUGCAGUUGAAAUCUGAUCAUCCAAAGAUUCAAUUGCUGCAAAAACACGAGGACGUUGUUCGUGCCUUCCUGGUGGCUGGGUGUCUGUGGGACGAGACCGGGGCUUUCAAUGUAUUGAAGGAGCUCGCAGCUGAGGUUCGAUUGUUUUUCUCAACGGCCUGGCGAGUGGAGGGCCAACAUGCGAAGACCCGUCGUGCAGUUGAUCACGCCCCAUGCCGUUCAGCGGCCUUCGUAUCCUUUCUUCAUCGGAAACUUGAGUUUGCGGCUCACCUUCGUGCACACCCAGAGGCUGCCGUGGAGGUGGCAGAGCUCAUGGGUCGUGCGCUGAAUGGUGUAGCAGCAGCCAAGGCUCUCGGGUUUUCUGUGGCCGCAAUGGAAAAGUCGGCAUGGUUCAACUGGGGCAAGCAAAAGAGCAGCUUCCGCUACAUCUACCAUGACGACCCCUACCUCAAAUAUGUGCUGCCGCUUCCGCCAUCCUGGAAACGUGUCCUUCCUGAGAGGCUUCUCUCCCAGCCCGACAUGGUUUUGCCUCAAGGUUCUUGCUUGCUGAGGUGGACUUUAGCACAGCAGCACAUCAAGCAGCACGCGAAUCGGGGCUGCUACAUGUCGGUCAAGUACAACCCACAUCUGCUCUACAGUGUGCGAUCCAUCCUCGCUCCGGAUGAAGACGGUGCCAUUUUGCGGGUGCAGGAUGGCAAUUUGCUGGGAGAUGAUUUUGAUGAAGUAGGGCAGGCUGGGCGCCUGAACGCGCUGCCAUGCCCACAGCAUCAGCUGGUGUCCUUGAAAGCAUUCCUGGAGGGCGCUGGGGAUGUGGCUGAAGAGGUCAUGUUUUUUUCUCUGAUGCAUAAGAGCCCCCAAAGGUACCACAGAACAAAGACAGUGUCUGAAGUAUCUCUGAAAGACAGUUGGUUUGUCCAGCUCCAUGACAUCUUGGCUAUGAGGCCUGAGAAGAAAGAAGUCCUUGUGUCCUUGCAGGGUGUUGCACUUGGACCGACAGCAACAGACAAAUGGGAAGAUGCUCCUUUGGCCCUCCAUGUGGCUCACUUGGACUUGGCUUCCCUGAAAGCGAUGUGGCUAUGGGAAGUGGAUGCUUCAGCAGCCGUUCACCGUUUCGACAACCAGAUGAUGUCAACCAUCCCGCAGCAGAUGCAUGAGAGACUUGAAACUCUGCUGCAGCAGCUUGUUGGGUCUAACAGCCUCUGUGGGCGGCCAGAGGAAGAUCCUGCCAUCGCUGAACUUUUGGACAUCCUGGUGUCUGAGUCAUUGGUGGAAGGGCCGCCGUGGAAGUUGACCCCGACUGGUGCUGAACGCACCAGGCAGGCGGUGCGGUUGUGGAACGAGGUGCCUCUGCUGAGGCGCACGGAGAAGCCUCUGAGCGAGGCGUCCUUGUAUCAGCUAGUGCUGGAGCUUGACGCAGCAGGCUUCACGCAUGAGGUCGUUACAGCCAGCAAACACAAGAAGCUCAAAAAACAACAAUCUCCUCAUUUGCAAGAAGGUCAGAAGAUGUGGUUCACUCGCUCAGAUGAUGUGACGGUCUGCAGGAGUUACGUGCUUGCCUUGUUGAGCUGUCCGGUUGAGCAGGUGCCAUAUGCUGCUGCAGAAAAGGAGUAUUUGCGUCUUCUUGGGCUGGAACAGACACCGGCUCUUGGAAACAAAAAGGGCAAGCGGAAACGCUUGCACGUGAACGAUGAUUGGCCUGAUGAUGCUUUGUCGCAGCCUCGUGCCCGUGUCCCUAGGACCCGGCGGUCUGCCGCCGCCAGUAGUAGGGAGCAACAACGUGACCCGAUUGACGAUGCCUUGAGUCAGCUGGGCGGAGAUUCUGAUGUGCCAGCUGAUGAGGAUGACAAUGUGGAAGAGGGUGUCAGUGCCAAUGGAGGUCCGGGUGCUGCAGCUGUUGCAAAGGCUGCUGCCGCGCCAGCCUUAAAAAGGCAGGGGAGAGGUUACUUGUGGGGGGACCACUUGCUUACUCCAGUUGGCGAUGAUGAUGCGAAUCCCAAACAUUGGCAGAUUCGUUGCGGCGACCCCUUGCACAACCUUGCAGGCUGGGCAUUUGGGAUGUGGGUCCAGGGCUUGGUGGGUGGCCGGGUGGCUGGCCUGGUACCAGGCAGGCCUGGAAAAGGUGGCCUGGUACGGGCUUGUAGUGUAGGGAGUCCGACAAAGGCCAUGAAGAGCUCUGCCGAUUUUGCAGAUGAUGCGUUUUCCUUUGAUGCAAUGAAUCUGAAUCAUGGGCACAUUGGUAGCAACCCGCCUAGAUCACCUCGCACUUCCCCUCACAAGAGGCGAUACAAGCAAGGCAGCCUGGCAGACCACUUGUCGACCCUGCAUUGUCAAGCCGGGCCAGGCAAUUUGUUUGAGCUCUUUGAUUUUCCGAAAGAGCAUGUUCGCACCAUGAGCAAGCAUCCGGAGCUGCUGGCAAGGGCCUGUCAGCUUCUGGAACAUGGCAUCGUCCACAGUAGCGAUUAUGCAGGCAUGUUGGCAGAAAGAGAAGGCAUGCGCCUCCUCUUGCAAGCUUUGCAUGAAGAGGCCAGUUGUUCUGGCUCCUACACAUUCACCCGGGCCUGUGACAUUGAUAGGGACUGCCAGCAGCUCCUGCUUCAUUCAGCUCAGACGCAGGACCAGGGCCAGUCUUGCAUUUUCCUGGACAUUUGUCAGCAAAUUCAUCCAACGGCACAGGCUUGGUGCCAGGCAUGCCUUCCGAAGGCAGAAGAUAGCUCUGAAAGUUGUGCGGCAGCUUACGAUUCCAUGGAUGAGUUUCUUCGAGCCAAUGGAUCGUGGGCUGUGGAUCAGGAGCACAGCUGCGAGUGCCUGGUCCAUGGCAAGCCAUGCAUCGUCAGCCCGCCACGUCCUUUGGAUAAGUCGCUGGUCAUCAACACAGCAGGAAACACAUGUGUAGGAUGGUCCUCCGUGGGCAAGAGAUCAAAGCAUGCUCACAAGAGUCAACAUGCAUUUUUUGUGUGGCUGGCUCAGCGGCGUGAGCUUGCACGUCGGGGCCAGGAAGAUCUUUUCUUUCAGGAAUGUACUCCGGACUUCGAUGCUGCAAGCUGCAUUGCUCAACGUCUGUCUGAGACUCACUUUGUGACGCAUGCUGUGAUAGGUCCAAGAGGCCUCGGUUGGCCAACGGCACGUGACAGGCGCCUCAGCUGUGGCUUGUCCCUCCAAACCUUGGUAUGGACGGGGCCUGAAUCUCCGCAAGAAGUCCAACAAGAUUUUGAGCGCUUCUUUCAGAGGCGUUGCAGUCCCAAUGUCACAGGGAGCAUUUUCUUCCAGGCAAGUGAUGCGGUUGUCAGGGCAUGGGUACAGCGCAAGAUGCAGCGCAGAACCAGAGUCGCAGAUCAGGAAUCAGUGCCAGUUUGUGGGAAGGACAUGUUCAUGUUGGUGCUCACUCCCGCUCAGUUGCAGCGGCUUGAGCACUAUGGCAAGCUUUCGGAGGGUUCCUCCAGCUUGGGAGGCACAAUGAUAGCAGAUCUUGAUCAUUGGCCGAAUGCUGCUGCCUCUCAUGGCCCCACCUGGCCAUGCAUGCUGAAACAUGGAACAAUCGUCGAUGUAGGAGCUUCCCGCAUAGCAAUGACUGUGGAUAGGUGCUUGGCAUUAGGCUUCCAUGUGAAAGAGUGUGGGAACAGCAGUUACCGCUGGCCCCUGGAGGAAUACAUGCAAGGCGUGAGGGACCGUGUAGGCCAAGCUCUGACUGGCAACAGCCAGAGCUUGCCCGCCAUUCUUGCUUGGUAUCUGUAUGUCUUCUGCCACACUUGCCGUCGUGAGCAGUGCACCGUGCAGCCCAGCUUGCGUUACCAAACAGAUGAAAGUGAUGACAAGCAUGACUGA